CAGGCUAUGUUUACAUCCCACAACAUGACUUUCACCACCGUGCUCUGUAUCAUGGCUUUGUUACCACUCCAAGGGGAUUUUCAAGAGGUUCACACUGAAAGUGUCACUGUGGAGGAGGGGCAGGAUUUAAGCCUACAGUGUGAUUUUACCAGAGACCACGAAUCUGCCUUGGAGUGGUCAAACCCUCGGGGGUUUGUUAUUUUUCUAAAAAGCCACCGAGGUUUAAAAGAUCACAGAUACAAGCUUAUCCACUAUUCCACAAACAAAUUAUCUAUCAGCCUCUCUAAUGUCACAGUACAGGAUGAAGGCACUUACACAUGCUUCUACUAUGACAUACCAGUCAAAACCAAGAAAGUGAAUGUUACUGUCUUAGCUGCUCCCUCCAAGCCACAGUUGGAAGUAUCAGAUAUUAGAACCAAAGGCAAAGAAGAAAAGAUUGUACUGAGCUGCUUAACCAAGGGAAGUAAGCCCCCUCCUCAGAUUACAUGGCUGCUAAAUAAUGGGCUGGAAGUCUAUGGUGACAUCAAACACCAAUUUGAACACGAUGGAAAGAAGUGCAACACAACCAGCAGUCUCAUAGUCCAUGCAUACAACGGAGAUUCAACAGCCAGUUGUGUCAUUCGUCAUGAAACCCUACGAGGGGGGAAACUGAUAGCAUCUUUCCAGUUUGAAAAUUUCAUGACUACUACAGGCUCAGCUCCAAAUGUGUUAGAAGUAAGCACGAGGACCUCUGAGCAUCCUCAGCAUUAUAUGGAAUCCCGAAAAGCUACCCUGAAAUCUAUAAUACAGACAUCACCUGUGAGCAUAUCUCUAGCAACAAGUAUCCAACAGGAAGUUUUUUCUUCUCAGACAACUGUUGUGAUUGCUACAGAGUCCAAUCCAAAUGCUAACACCAUCUUCUCUCAAAAUCCUCUGCACUCUACUGUGAAUAUUCCUUUAGGAUCCAGCCAACCAAACUUUCCUACCACUGUGCCUGAGAGGCCAUCUAGUACCAGCUUACCAGCAAUACCUACCCAGCAGCGGGAACUACCAGCCAACACAACUAAUUCAUCAGAAGUAACACGAACAGUAAAUGAGCAUAUUUCUAGUACAGAAGCACCAGCAACAAGUAGUGAACCAGCCACUCAGAAUGCGAACAGCACCAUUGAGCCAAAAAGAACUUUGAACGUCACAGAAGAAACAUCUGUGACAGAUGUACCAGCAAUAAGCAAUGAACAAUCAAUUCAAAACUCCAACAUCACCACUGGAUCUGAAAUGACAUUAAAUGUGACUGUUGCAGAAGAAACCUCUGUGACAGAAGAACCAUCAAUAAGCCAUGAAGAAACAACUGUGAAUUGUAAUGCCACCAUCAAAACAGAUCUUAAUUCUGAAGGCAUCAGACAAAGGCAAACAAGUGUUUUGUUGCCAGUCCUGGUAGCGGUUCUCAUUUUUGUGAUGCUCAUCAUAGUCCUGCUCUUCCUGAGGAAGCUACAAAAAGCACACGGAGCCUGGAAGAGAGAAAAUGACACUUCAGAGCAGACACUGGAGAGUUACAAAUCCAGGUCCAAUGAAGAAAAUCCAGCCCCUGAAAAGAAUGGACAAGUUGCCAAUGAGAAGCCUACUAUGCAAUACGUAACUGAAGGAUAUGCAGGAACAAUAAAGUCAAAUUCAGAAGAAAGAUAUGUUUCAACAUUUGAGAAACAUCUGGCAUAUGGAAAAGAAACUGAUGUAUAGAAGGCAGGAAGCGUUGGCAACAUUAUACUAUGUACAGAGUCAAUAUGGUGUGUUCUCAUAUUUAUAGUGUGACUAAUCUGAUGGUACAUAAAACUGUCACUGUGACAUAUCAACAUCACAGCAGGAUUUCAAACAGAGGAAGAAAUGCCUGAUAAAAUGGCUGGUCUCAACCUGGAUUCUAGUCUGGGUCACCGUGUUGACAUUAAAAAGAGAGGUAGCUGGAAGAGAUGCUCAUGGCAAUUUAUUAGCAAUGCAUGCAUUGCUAUUAGCUAUUUAAUCAGCAGAUUUAAUUCAUGGGUUUCAUAAAUGGAUCAGACAUAGAACAGACCAAGUCAUUUCAGCAGUGAGGGUCCUGAUAAUGGAAUGCAGAACCAGCUGUCAUAAUACGAGAUACAAAAUUACGGAGAGGUUCAUGCAACAGUUCUGCAGCCUCCUGAGACGCAUUGUCUAAUUAUGGCAUGGGGAGGCAGGAAUGUCUGAGAAAGCACUUUAAGCUAAUAUUUUUGAACUUGGGUGCCCAAAGUUAUUUGAUUUAAACCAAUAUUUAUUUAAUGAAAUAAAAACAUUGUGAUUUUAGAGGUGCAGAGCAACCUGCAGUUAUUGUUGACUUCAAACACUUCUGAGUGAAGUCUCAAAUUUAUUUAAGCAUAUUGCUCUUCUAGAAAACAUCCAAGAGCUAUUAAUAAUUUGACAAAAGAUUGGUCAGUAUGCAAAUUAAAGUCAAGUAUAAAGCUUAAAAGUGUUUCCUAAAACACUUCCCUGCCUCACAAGACAGUUGUGAGAAUUAACUAGUUGUUUUGUAAAGUGCUUGACCAUGACACCUUCUACUACUAGCCCUGUCUCCACAGUCAUUUGCCUUUUGAAAUCUUCCAUAAAUGUUGCUAAGGGCAUGAUCUGCAGACAAUGGGGUGACACAGGCAUGGCUGAGGGUACAAUUUGGCCUUCAGAUCUAUAUUAGUGGCAGAGCUGUCAGGACCCAGGAUGAGUUUGUAGGGCUGUUUGAAAAAACAAUUUUCACUUGCAGACUGAGCGAAUCUGAUAUGAAAACCAAUGAGACACAAUGACUACAGAACCCCACACUGUCACGCUUAGUAACUUCUUAGCACAGAAUCACACUUAGUGAGAAUUGCGGAUCUGAAUUAAGUCCAGGCUAUGAAAUUAGGAUUUAAGGUAAUUUUUAAAAGGAUAUUGCACUCAGUUUACUCAUGUCAGAUGGUAGCACUUCUCAUCACAGGCAAUGAGAGGAAAACAGACUUUUGACUAGCCGUAGAUGUCACUGCCAUUACUGUUAGUGGUAAUAUGGUUUUGGUGCUGGAAGAUGACUUCAUGUUUGACACAAAACCUGUGUGGACUCCACUGUAAAACACUUCUAGUUUCCAGCAAGAUUUAAUAUUGGUUUAACAAUAAGACCUGAAUUGUUUAAUAUUUAAACAAAACCAUGAAAGAGCAUAUACAACUGAUUGUUUCUAAAUUUGGUUUGUAAAAUGCUCUGUAAUGGUGAAGCCAGGUGUUUGGGGAAAAAAGUUUCAUAACUAAUAAUAAAAUUUCAAAUCCUGAUCUUCCAGUUCCAUUGGCACACAGUACUCCUUUAACUUCAAGGACAGUUCUAUGUGUGGAAAAGACUGAAAGAUCAGACAUUGUUGGUACUGAGGCCUUUGGAACAGCAAUCUAUUUUAAGUAUUCUUAGUUCCUUUACAUGUUUAAAAUUUCAAGUGAAUGCGCUUUAUCUGGUUUGUCAUUACUGUAAAAAUGUUUAUUUAAAGUAGAGUAGCACUUUAGGCAUUUAGACACCACAGUUCUGAUGAAGACCAUAUGAGAGCCUAAAUAGAUACAGUCUGCACAUUCCAUGUUUUUGUCAAGGAAGAUUAAGGAUAUUUUUAAUUCAAGUUUUGUUUCUGGCUGCAGUGGUUGGUGUAUCAGUUUUGUACUACUUCUUCUGGCUUGUAGCAGACAUGCUUACAGCAAGCUUUGUAGUACUGCUCAAAAUUCUGCCAUUUUAUUAGUUCAUGGUUUUCAUUGGUGAACCUUUUGGUUGCCUUUCUUAAGA